AGUGGACUGUUGGCCUAUUCCCAUCUCACCGUUGCCCAGGGCCGAGCCUUCACCUGAUUCUCAACAGAAUUCUUUCACUUAGAACUUAGAAGUAUUAGACAGUCAAAUUUGUGAUUUCAACCAGCCAUAAAAACAAAUCAAUUGUUGGUCCCUCCAUUAUUUGCCUGAUCAAAGUGCUGCGAUUUCUACUUUUCUGGGUUCUAAUAAUUACUUCAAAACAGGUAAUUGAAGGCAUGAAAUUGUUGAAUCUAUUAUGGAUUGGUGGGGUUUUCAUUGUGUUUCUUCAGCUAAUUACUGGGACUUUUUGCUGGGGACAGCAUGGACACUAUGUUACUUGUAGAAUUGCAGAGGGAUUUCUUUCCAAAGAUGCCUUGGCUGUAGUGGAAAAACUGCUUCCACAGUCUGCUGAAGGGGAACUAGCUGGUGUGUGCUCUUGGGCUGAUUUAUUUGCGGUUCGCUCUCACUAUUACUGGAGCCGAGCCUUGCAUUUUGUUGAUACACCUGAUUUUCGGUGUAAUUACGACUACAACAGAGAUUGCCAUGAUUCUUCUGGACGCAAGAAUCGAUGUGUGACUGGAGCAAUCUACAAUUACACAGUGCAGUUAACGUCAGCGUGCCAUAACCCAGCUUUUGAAUCUAGAUAUAACUUGACCGAGGCUCUCAUGUUUUUGUCACAUUUUGUUGGUGACGUUCACCAGCCUUUACAUUGUGGGUUCCUUGGUGAUCUAGGUGGGAAUAAAAUACAACUUCAUUGGUACCAUAGGAAGGCUAAUUUGCACCAUGUGAGUAUUCUAUACAAGGACUUCAUAUGUCGGGCGAUACUCGAGUUGAGGGACUCCCUUCAAUCGCGACCUCCUCGUGAUGGGGGUAUUGGUCUACCUUCUUUUCCACCCUCCGCAGACUCUGUCUUAGGCGGGACCGAUUGGGAUGAUGGUGAUAAUGAUGAUGAUGAUGAUGAGUAUUCUAUGCACGAUCUUUUUCCUCCCUACACAGUACACCCUGAUAUUGUUUUCAUUUCAACUACCUGUGUUCUGUUUCAGGUGUGGGAUACGGAAAUCAUUGAUACUGCGUUGAAGAGGUUCUAUGAUUCAGAUCUGAACAUCAUGAUAGAAACCGUGCAAAAAAAUAUUACGGAAAAUUGGUCCAACUAUGUUCAGUCGUGGAAAGAAUGUGAUGGAAACCGCACAGUUUGUCCUAAUCCGUAUGCAUCCGAGAGUGUUAGCCUCGCUUGCAAAUAUGCUUACAAAAACGCGACACCCGGAAGUGUAUUAGAAGAUGACUACUUCCUCUCUCGACUACCCGUAGUAGAAAAGAGGCUGGCUCAAGGCGGGAUUCGCUUGGCUGCGACUCUCAACCGUAUUUUUGAGUCUUGUGGGCUUAUCUCCAACUCAGCAGGACGGGUGCAAGAAGCAAGCUCUGCUUGAGGAUACAACCUGUUCAAAAAGAAGCAAUACUAUAUCAUUAUAUGUACUCUUGGUUAUCUAAGCUGAUUUACUGAUACUAAUAUUAGAAAAGAAUAGCGGAUCCUAAUCUUUUGGGAUUAACGCUAUGGCAUUGUUGUUUUAGUGAGUGGUGACAGACAUUAUAAAGGAGAGGGUUAGGUGAAAAUCAAACCAGAAUCUUAUUUGAAAAAGCCGUAUAUUUACUCCAACUGAGACAAUAUCUGAUUCUCCUAUUAUUUUUAAAUCAUUCCUUCUACAUAGGUUGUAGUCUUAGGGUUAUGAAUAUUAUUAGCUAUAAUUAAAUUAUUGUAAUAAUGAUUUUAUUUGUUAAUAAUUGAUAUAAAAUAUAUAUUUUA